AUGGUCGAGCCAACGGGACCAGAAGUCGUCGUCGACGAGCGUACCAAAGCGCUCAACAACUACCGCCGAAAACUGGCCGAAUGCCGUGACAUCGAGCAAAAGCUGAAAGAUUUGCGGAAGAAAGAGAGCGAACUGACAAAACAAUUCGAUAAAUCGGAGAACGACAUCAAAUCGUUGCAAUCCGUCGGACAGAUUGUCGGAGAGGUGUUGAAGCAACUUUCAGAGGAGAAAUUCAUUGUGAAGGCGACGAAUGGACCACGUUAUGUCGUCGGAUGUCGUCGUUCGAUCAAUAAGGAGGAAUUGAAGCAGGGAACGAGAGUCGCGUUGGAUAUGACCACUCUUACCAUCAUGCGGCAACUGCCCCGUGAAGUCGACCCACUCGUCUACAAAAUGUCUCACGAAGACCCGGGAAACAUCAGCUACUCGGACGUCGGAGGGCUCGCCGAGCAAAUUCGUGAGCUUCGUGAAGUCGUCGAGCUGCCCCUCAUCAAUCCGGAACUCUUCCGCCGUGUCGGAAUCACUCCACCCAAAGGAUGUCUUCUAUUCGGACCGCCCGGAACCGGAAAAACACUUUUGGCGCGUGCAGUGGCGUCUCAAUUGGAUUGUAAUUUCCUGAAAGUUGUGUCCUCCGCUAUCGUCGAUAAAUACAUUGGAGAAUCGGCGAGAAUGAUCAGAGAAAUGUUUAAUUACGCCAGAGAUCAUCAGCCUUGCAUUGUAUUUAUGGAUGAAAUCGAUGCGAUCGGUGGACGCCGUUUCUCGGAGGGAACGUCGGCGGAUCGAGAGAUUCAACGGACUCUUAUGGAGCUUCUCAAUCAGUUGGACGGAUUCGAUUCGCUUGGAAAAGUGAAGGUUAUUAUGGCGACGAAUCGACCGGAUACGUUGGAUCCGGCACUUCUUCGUCCUGGACGACUCGAUAGAAAGAUUGAAAUCGGAUUGCCGAAUGAGCAAUCGAGACUUGAGAUUCUGAAGAUCCAUUCGAAUAAGAUUACGAAGCAUGGAGAGAUUGAUUUUGAGGCGGUUGUUAAGUUGUCGGAUGGAUUCUCGGCGGCGGAUUUGAGAAAUGUGUGCACUGAAGCGGGAAUGUUCGCAAUCCGUGCUGAACGUGAGUUCGUCAUCGACGAGGACUUCAUGAAGGCCGUCCGUAAAGUUGGUGAUGCGAAGCGUCUCGAGUCGAAACUCGACUACAAACCAGUCUAA